UUUGUUGUGUCUGGUUUCCUAGAACGGAAAGUUGCAAAAUAUUAAGUUAUUUUUAUACUUUUAUAAAAAAGUUAACAAACAAAAUAAACCGCAACUAAAAUUAGCGUAAACAGCAGCAAUGGCAGAUCUUAAGAAUGACGUUGAUAGCGAUUUGGAUCAGAACUACUCCUUGAGCAGUAAUGCGGAUCCGAAAAAUAUGCAGGAAUUGACAAUAUAUGUACAAAACCUGCUACAAAAUGUACAAGACAAAUUCCAAACAAUGUCGGAUCAAAUAAUCACACGCAUCGAUGAUAUGGGCAAUAGAAUAGAUGAUUUGGAGAAAAGCAUUGCGGAUUUGAUGAAUCAAGCCGGCGUUGAAGGCCCAGAAAAGUAAAACAAACAAAUUUUGGUGCGGCAUGUUAGCAUAGAUACACAUAUGUCCAUGAAACGUACAUUUAAACAUUGCUCAUUAAUUGACAAUUAGUCACUGGAACACAAAUAUUUAUAUGUAUUCCAAACAAAACCAUGUAUUAAUGCACAUACAUACAUAUACACCGGCAUAGAAGUCGAUCU